CGCAACUAACCCACGAACAAGCGCUGAGCACCAUCCAAACUAUGCGAUCGUUUGCUCGAUCAUUAGUGCAACUUUUACCACUAUAAACUUCGACUUCGAUUUUCCGAGAAUACAAACAACCAAUCACUAGCAAGGAUUCGUCCAGCGCCAUGGCCGGCGGUAAGCGACCCGACGUGCACCCUGUGAUAGACCUGGAGAAGGACAUGGUAGGAUGGGAAGGCGAGGAUGACCCAACGAAUCCGAGGAAUUUUCCUGUGUCUCAGAAGUGGUUCUUGAUGAUACUGGUCAGUACCAUCACGUUCAUCAGUCCAUUCGCGUCUUCUGUCUUCUCUCCAGGUGUGGUGUACGCGGAGGAGGAAUUUGAUGUCACAUCGACUAUUUUGGGAACUCUCUCGGUCACAGGUUAUCUCAUCGGUUAUGUGACUGGUCCUCUCUUUUUCUCUCCGCUAAGUGAGAUGUACGGCCGACGGAUUGUCCUCAGUGCGGCCAACACGUUCUUUGUCGCCUUCCAGAUUGGCUGCGCGCUAGCGCCCAAUAUCUCUGCACUAAUUGUUUUCCGUUUCCUGACGGGCGUUGGUGGAUCGGCUUGUUUGACCACAGGUGGUGGUGUGGUGGCCGACUUAUUUGUGGCCGAACAGCGUGGAAUUGCAAUGGCAGUUUAUACUACGGGUAUCUUGAUCGGACCUGUUCUGGGACCGCUUCUUGGAGGUUUCAUCGCUCAGCGAGCGGGUUGGCACUGGGUGUUCUGGGUGCUGGUCAUUGCGGGCGGCACGCUCUCUGCUCUGGUCAUGAUUUUCAACCGUGAGACCAACCACGUCGUAAUAAUACGCCGCAAGACUGAGCGCCUCCGCAAGGAGCUCAAUCGUCCUGAACUAUACAGCUGUUACGAACCCAAUGGAGCGGACGCCAAAGGUUCUUAUACAGGCACCCUUGGCAAGCGGCUGAUCAUGCCAUUUUACCUCUUGGUCCGUUCGCCGAUCGUCUUCCCAGUUGCCACAUAUCUGGCCACACUCUACGGAUGUCUCUACUUGCUCUUUACCACAGUGACCGAUGUCUUCAAGAAGUCCUACGGCUGGAGCACGGAGAUCAGUGGCCUCGCGUAUCUCGGUCUCGGUGUCGGCUUUAUCAGUGGCCAGAUAGUCUUUGCCUUGGUCAGUGACCGUAUCAUCACACGGCUGAAGUUGCGCAACAACAACGUCUUUGAGCCGGAAAUGCGUUUGUCCAUCACCAUCGUCUUUGCCUUCUUCAUCCCCGUCUCGUUCUUUUGGUACGGAUGGUCUGCGCAGGAGCAUACGCACUGGAUUGUGCCGAUCAUUGGCCUGGCGCCUUUUGCGUUCGGCAUGGUGGGUAUUUACAAUACAUUGCAGACCUACGUGAUCGACUGCUAUCCUCGGUAUGCUGCCUCUGGUACCGCCGCAAUGGUGGUCACGCGGUCGCUGAUGGGUGCUCUGCUGCCGCUGGCGGGACCGCGCAUGUACUCGACCCUGGGCUACGGAUGGGGCAAUUCCCUGCUGGGAUUCGUUACACUUGGCAUGAUACCAGUGCCAAUGCUGUUCUACAAGUAUGGUGGAAGCGUCAGAAAGUCAUCUCAGUUGGAAUUGUGAUGGGUUGUGCGGUUGUCACACUGUUUACGAUGGAUAGAGUGAGGGUGAGGCUUGGGAGAUCCAUGCAUCGAAGGUAUUGGGUAUAAAUUUCUUGUUCUGUUUCGUUCGUAUAUCAUUACAUG